UCAAAACCGCCUGGAAGUCGUUGCCGUUUUUUAUUGAAGUUUCGGAGCCUUGACGUUAUUCUCGGUGCUUAAACUUGACGUUGCUUACCGAAAACAUCGAUGACGGGUGAAGUAAUGACGUCACGAGUAUCGUCAGCUGUUGUUAGUGGAAAUGCGGUCGCGCCUCACCUGCAACCCCCAAACGCAAACCACCCGGUUCAGGCGCUUCGAACCGACGACAUCGAGGUGCAGGUGAUUGAGUCCAUUUCUCUGGGCAGCAACGAGCAGCCACACUCCGGUGAAAGAAAGACCUCGGGUCAUAGCACCAUUAGUGGCAAACUAGGCGCCAGCAAGACACCCUUGCUCCCCACCCUAUCGAAUGCGGGAGCAGGAGGAGGAGGAGGACCGGCUGCGAUAACACAACACUCCGGAGCGGGGGCGGGGUCGGCAACUGGCGCUACGGUAACGGCAAACGGGUGCCGGCCAUCGCUGAAGAAUCCUGUCGGUUGGGUUUGUUGUGCUCCCUGCAUUUGGCUCCGGGGCUCGUCAGCCGUGCACAAGAUGGCAAUUACGGCAGCCACUCUGCUGGUCACUUCGCUGCUGGUGGCCUCGCCCAUUCUGUUCCUCAUCUCGGCGGCCCCGUCGCAGCUGCCCCGGAAUUGCUACGUCACCGAGGACGACGACUGCCAUCCGACGCCAGCGCCACCGCCGGAAUGUGCCGACAGUAUUUGCCGGGCUGCAGCCAUCAGCAUACAGGCCCGCAUGAACUGGGACGUGGAACCGUGCAAGGAGUUCAAAAACUACAGCUGCGCCCCGUUGGAGGGCAAUAGUUUGAGAGCCGUCAAGAGUCCGCAGGAGAUUGCCGACCUUCAGAUGCAACAACUCCUAGCCCUCAACACCACUUCCGGUGUAUUCCGGAAGUUGGGCCGGCUGUACGGAAGCUGUCUGCGGCAAACGCUCAACGAUAGCAGCAUCAGGUCCCGGCUGGACAAACUUGGCGGCUAUCUGCAGAUCGGUUCCGUCGGGCCGCAAAGUAUAUCGCCGCUGAUAUCAAAAAUUAAAACCAUCGGCCCGAUGCCCAUCAUUGGCAUCUACUUCGAUCUGAGCUACGGGCGAAAGCCGCAAACGUUGCUCAUUAUUGAUGGCCCAACGACCUCGUCCCCGAUUCUGGAGAACUCGGUCCGAUGGCAGGGUCCCAAGGCAGCCCCCACUGACGUCACCGAAGACAUUCCGGAGCUGUUGGAGGAAUUAAUCAACGUGUUUCUGCCGCCGGGACUCAGCAACGAUCAAAGGCAAUCGGAAAAGAAUGUUAUAUUUAGCUUUGUUCGUGAUUUGAAUCAGAUCCGGCGCGAUUACGUACAGAAGGAAUUCACCAACAGCUACGUUUUGAAUAAUGUAACGGCCCUGAUGGGUACACAUCCAUUUCUGCUCUGGGAAAAUUUAUUGCCCGCCAAUUGGACCGGGCCGAUUGUGAUCCGGAGUCCGGCCUAUCUGGAACACCUGAGGAAGUUGCUGCUCGCGUACCAGAAUCGGGUGAUUCAUAACGCGCUGCUGUUGCUGUUCGCCCUCAACACUUUGCCCCCGGGACGGCCUUCACCCUUGGUCUGUGCCAAAGCGACCAACUGGGCCCUGCCGGAGGUUACGUCCUCGCUGUUUAUCGGCCAGUACAGCGAGGAGGUGAUUGCUCAUGCGAUUCAGCGGACGGAGGAGAUGUUCGAGAACAUGAAACAGCACCUGAAGAGGGCCCCAUCGCUAAGGGGAGCAGCCCUGGUCCGGCUCUCGCAGCUUAAGGUCCAAGCCAAAGUGUGGCCAACAGUGUUCAACCGGACAAAGAUCGCGACCAUUUUGGAUGAGAUCGAAAUCAGCUCCGACAAUUGGUUCGAAAAUGUACUGAAAAUCUAUCAGCUGAAAAAUAAUCGUUCCUCGGAGAUGAACAUUUCGGCUGAGUACAUCCACACGGCCUACGCUUACCCCCAGAUUGCAAGGAUAUUCUACGACACCCUGAGCCACUCGAUAGUGGUUCCCAUCUCGGUGGUGCUGGUUCCGUACUUCAAUCCGGUGCUGCCCCCGUAUCUGCACUAUGCCACCCUGGGCACGGCCCUGGCCAAGGAAAUCCUCCGUUCCAUUACCAAAGCUUUCGAGGGAAAGGUCAUGCAGUGUGUGCCAAGCUCGGUGGAAGUAUUUUCCAAUGCCAGCCGGAUGGAUUUGCUCAUCUACUCCGGUGGGAUGCAGAUAGCGUACCACACGUUGCUUUCGCUCACCGGACCCAUCAAGGGAAUGAACCGGCUGCCGGGCUUGAGUCUUACGCCGCCGCAGAUCUUCUACCUGAUAUCGGCACAAGAACUUUGCGCCGAAUCCGAGUACGAUGGCAUCGAUGUCAGCUCAAUCGAUUUCGAUGAGAUAUUGACGUGGCUGAUUUCCCAGGGCGGCAGCGCUUCGGACGUCUUCCAGUGUCACCCGAGCACGAUGCUGAGCUAUCAAAAGAACUGUGACAUUUGGUAGAUAUCAGCAACCCAUGUAGCAAGACGAUGUAGAAAAGGCGGCGGCGGCGGUGGCGGAUAGACGACUCGCUGCAGUAGUAGUCUAGCGUCAGUGAUACCUACUCCUAGGGUAGGAACUCUUACCAGAAAUAAGAAACCCCUUAGCGAAUAAUGAAUUUGGUUUUAAGAUUAGUGUAGCGACUAACGAUAGUUCUUUCGGAGAGUACGAAGUAAUGCUGGAAAGACCAACGACUCGGUGGAACAGUUGAUAGAGCCACCAAUUUUUAGAAUACGCCGUUAGUUGACAAUAUGCGGGAUCCUUUUAGUAAAUUUGUGGGAAACGUUAAAUAAUUUGUAAUGUAAAAUGAAUCGGUCGCAUCAAAACUAGUAGGAUUUCCUCAGUAUUGCAGAAAACCUCGUCCCAAUAGCGAUGUCUUGUUUGGUCAGUAGUCUUCGGAGAUAUAUUUAGAAUAAACAAAACGGAGAAGAAAAUUAUCAAAAUGUAGGAAUCAAUUAGGUGCUUUAAAACAAGUAGGUCAUAAGGUGUUAAUUAUUCAUAUACCAAUUGUUGUGGUAAAGUGUCUUGGUGAAAAUUACACCUGACGGUAGGUGUGAUAACAUGAACAAAUGGUUAAGCAAACGAAUAAUCAAACCAUUUAGUUGUAAUAAAAGCCUGAGUAUUAUUACUGCAUUCGAGAAACAAGCAAUCAAUUUUAUUAUCUUGAACAAAUCUUUACUCUAAAAAAUCAUUUGCAUCCCUAAAGAUAAAAAGUUUAGAUUUCUUCAGCUCAAUGAAGCAAUGCGAGGCAGAAGAGGGAAUUAUUUAUAUUUGUUUUCUACAACAUGAUUCUAUCAAAAAUCUGUCUAUGGAUUUUCCUAAACCACCAAACAUUACAAACUAUGGAUUCAAUUGAAUCAACAUAGCAGUAGAAAAACCAGAAUAUGAGUUUAAUGUAAGAAUAAGGAAAAUACUGCUUCUUUAAAAACUAAAAUUGGAAUUCCUUAUUCAAUAAAUAGAACCUUUUUCAUCAGUCAGAACCAGACUUGUAAACCAUUGACAUUUUCUCUGACAGUUUCACAGCCUGCUUAUUUCAUCAGUUUCAUUUUUUCCUGCCAUCAAACGAAUGCGACCAACAAUGAACGCAAUCAAACGAAAUGUCAUGUAUUCUUCUAUGGGUGAUUGUCGAACGGAAUUUCGUGUCAAACGGCCAAAAUUCUCGACAGUUUACGACGUCGCCUAACUUUUUAUCGCAGCAGAACAUACAGACGCUAUUACCAAAUACAUUCUUUCUAUUCACUCUCUCUCCUGUGAAAUAAAAUCCGCCGCUCUGCAGCGCCUGGCGAUCUGCUCAUCCAGGCAAUGUCAAAUGAUGCAAAGAGAGAUUCCAAGAAUCAUUCAGGCAAUGCCUAUUCAGGCAAAGAGGGAUUC